AUCGUUAUGGGAAGCUCUAAGCCCCUUGAAAACCAAGAAAGUGAUGCUGAGAACAAUACACUCAUUGAGCAUCUGGUAGGCUCCUGCGUCGUUACAGAUGACGAAACCAGCUGGACAGCGAGGCUAGUCUUGGCAGCUUCACUUCCAUAUCUCAUCCUUGAGCUUCAAAACAUUUUCACCUCAUCCUUCGCCAAAAAACUCAUCAUUCUCUUUGCUCUCAUCGUCACGCUUGUUUUGCUCUUCGCUUACAUUUUGAUUCAGUCGUUCCAGCCGUGGAUACAGAACAGAUGUUUCGAGUUUAUGAUAGAAAAACACGCAAAGGAUAAGCUACUAAAACUUUUAACAACAAAUGGCAGGCCUAAUAUUGGGAAGAUACAAAAGCUGUUCAACAAAAUUGGCAAGGACAACACUUCAUCUGUAACACCUGCAGAAAUCAGAGUCCUGGUGUUAGGAGUAAAGAUGGAGGAUGAUGACGUUAGCACGAACCGAGUUUUGGAUGAAAUCACAGCAUAUUUUGACACCUCCCGUGAUGGAAGUAUCGGUCAGGAAGAGUUCGUAUUAGGCAUGACCAACUUGGCUCUAACCCUUUUAGAUUUGACACCAGAACAACUAACAACACCAGGAAACAACAUAUCCCAGAAUCCGGAGCAAGAGGCGUUGUUAAGUAGAUUCACGAGCAGAAGCCAAGCUAAAAGCACUUCUUGGUUGAUCUACGUGAAAGCAACUUUAUCAUUGGUGUUCGGAUUUGGUAUUGCGUUGUCCCUUUCACAACCAUUGAUGACAUCAAUCUUGGGAUUUGCUGAAGCAGUGAACGUCUCAUCCUUCUUGGUCUCGUAUGUGGUUCUACCUCUCGCUUUGCACUAUAACGGUAUCCUCCAAACAAUUAAGUUGGCCUCACAGAAGUCGGAAAAGACCAACUCCUUGCUGUUGUCUUCGCUAUAUGGUAGCGUGUUCAUGGGCAAUGUUAUCGGUAUGCUUCCAUUCCUCGUGCCAGUAUACUUUCGCGACUUGUCAUCAGAGGUCUCAUUGGAGCUUCACUUAGUUCUGUUGAUAUGCCUUGGCAUGGGCGGAUUCGCUAGCUUCAACACAACAUUCCCACGCUGGACGGGAUAUGUAGCAAUUGCUCUAUACCCUAUUUCUCUAGGGACGGUCUAUGUUCUUACCUCUCUUUGAUCAUAGCCUCAAAACUCAAAUAUCUACACAAAUUCCAUUGCUCUGUGUUUUCAGGAAAAGAAUAAGCAAUCAUCUCUGUAACUUUGUUUUCAUUUUUUGUAUUGUUAAAAUAUGCACUAGCUCGCAUAGAAUGAAAUAUUAGCAUCUAAUUUCACACACUUCUUCAAUA